UCUCCGCGCGCUCCUCCCUGCAAGGUGGAGUCUGGGGUUGACGUGAGGUGCAGGGGCUGGAGAAUAAAGAGUGUGGAGUUGAACUCGUGCCAUUGUAGUGACUCAUCUCGGGCAGAGCGCUGGGGCUCCGAGCAAACCAGCGAGCAAGCGAACGGCGUUCGGCGGGGACAGAGAGAGGGAGUGAGAGAGGCGCGGACGGGCGACACGGGCCCGUCCGGGAGCGGGCGCCGGGGAAGGGGUGCAGGUCCGGGCGCCGCAGCUGUGGCACGGGGAGCGGAGCCGCGUCCCUCUCCGCGCCGGCUCAACUGGAACCCCACCGGCCGCGGGCCGGGCGCAGGCUGCCUUCUUCUAGUCAAGUGUCCGAACCGCUCGAAACUCUGGCGGCGAGUCGGCCACAGGAAGUUUAUUCUCAGCUCCUUUUCUAAAAGGAGGAAAUAGAAGUUUCUCCAAGCGGGCAGCCUUUCUUUUCGCCUUUUUUUGCCCUGCCUGAAAUCGGGGGUCCCCAGACCUGGCAGGCUUGACUCGCCGGGCUCCUAUUCUUUUUUACUUUCCAAUUUUUGAUUGAGCCGGCGGUCCGGGCUGAGCUCCGGUUGCGCGCGGGGGCAGGAGGGCGCGCGCAGGGGAGGGACAGAGGGACGCGCGGACUUUUUAGUGGGAGGGACCGGGUGGACAGCCGGACCCGCAGCGCUCGUAGAGCAGGAAAGAAGUGCAGCGCUCGGCGCUCGGGGGGCACUGUUCCCGGGGUGUCGCCGCCGAGGGGCAGAAGCCCGGGAGCGAAGACUAGAGCCCGAGGCGCGGCCCGCAGGGAGCCAGCGUUCAGCAGCCGGUGCGCGGCCUCGGCGAGGGCGGGGGAAGAAAAACACCCUGUUUCCUCUCGGGCCCCCACCGCGGAUCAUGUACCAAGAUUAUCCCGGGAACUUUGAUACCUCAUCCCGGGGCAGCAGCGGCUCUCCUGCGCACGCCGAGUCCUACUCCAGUGGCGGCGGCGGCCAGCAGAAAUUCCGGGUAGAUAUGCCUGGCUCAGGCAGCGCCUUCAUCCCCACCAUCAACGCCAUCACGACCAGCCAGGACCUGCAGUGGAUGGUGCAGCCCACGGUGAUCACCUCCAUGUCCAACCCGUACCCCCGUUCGCACCCCUAUAGCCCCCUGCCGGGCCUGGCCUCUGUCCCCGGGCACAUGGCCCUCCCAAGACCCGGCGUGAUCAAGACCAUUGGCACCACUGUGGGCCGCAGGAGGAGAGAUGAACAGCUGUCCCCGGAAGAGGAGGAGAAGCGUCGAAUCCGGAGGGAGAGGAACAAGCUGGCCGCGGCCAAGUGCCGGAACCGCCGCCGGGAGCUGACCGAGAAGCUGCAGGCGGAGACGGAGGAGCUGGAGGAGGAGAAGUCGGGCCUGCAGAAGGAGAUCGCUGAGCUGCAGAAGGAGAAAGAGAAGCUGGAGUUCAUGCUGGUGGCCCACGGGCCCGUGUGCAAGAUCAGCCCCGAGGAGCGCCGGUCACCCCCGGCCUCCGGGCUGCAGGCCCUGCGCAGUGGGGGCAGUGGAGGGGUAGGCGCCGUGGUGGUGAAGCAGGAGCCCCUGGAAGAGGACAGCCCCUCGUCCUCGUCGGCGGGGCUGGACAAGGCCCAGCGCUCCGUGAUCAAGCCCAUCAGCAUCGCUGGGGGCUUCUAUGGGGAGGAGCCCCUGCACACCCCCAUAGUGGUGACCUCCACUCCUGCCAUCACCCCGGGCACCUCGAACCUCGUCUUCACCUACCCCAGCGUCCUGGAGCAGGAGUCGCCUGCGUCGCCCUCUGAGUCCUGCUCCAAGGCUCACCGCAGAAGCAGUAGCAGUGGGGACCAGUCGUCAGACUCCUUGAACUCCCCGACUCUGCUGGCUCUGUAACCCAGCUCCCAGGGGCGUCCUCGUCACUGCCUCCUUCCCAGGGACCAGCACCCUUCAGCACUCCAGGGCCACGAGGGUAAGAAGGGGACCCUGCCAGAGAGCUUCCUGGUUCUGGGGAGACCCAGGUGGGAUUUGGAAGUGAGGCGCUGGAGGACUUGGACGAUCUCUUGGAAGUCACGGGACCUCCUCCCUCGUUCAUCUUGCAAAGCAAAUCCUGUUUCUUGAAAAACGUUGGACAACUUCGUUCGGCGGACCCGGGCAUCUCUCUGGCUUCUGAAGAGCCUGAAGCUGGUGUGGACCGUUCCCGUCCCUUUGUCACGACAUGUCUCUGGAGUGAUGGUGUCUUUCUCUGCCCCACCAAGCAUGCUCAGUGCCUUUUGGUUUCACCUUCCCACUAUUUGCCCCUUCCUUCCCCCAGUGUCAAUUUCACUUCCUCUUGGUUUUUAUCAAAUUUGCCAUGACAUUUCAUCUGGGUGGUCUGAAUAUUAAAGCUCUUCAUUUCUGGAGAUGGGGCAGCAGGUGACUCUUCUGCUGGGGCUGACUUGUCCAGAAGGGGACAGUCGAUGUGCAAUACAGAACCUUUCCUCCCCUGACACUCCCGGUCCACCACCAUCUCCAGAACCACCAGCAGGGCUCCCUGAGCUCUCGAGGAGAUGCCGCCACCGCUGGGAGGCUCGGAGGACCCUUCCUCCCCAUCCUCGGAGACGGCUUUUGGAGGAGCGGCUUGGCCAAAAGACAGGGUGUGAGUGAGACAGCCGGGGCACAGAUUGGGUUUGCCAAAUGCCUAAUUACCGGGCCAGGAAUAGUGCCAACAAUCCACAUGGGUGUCUUGAGUAGGACGUCUCCUGUAAUUACUGCCUCGGCGUUCUGCCCCGGACCCUUCUCUCCGGACCAGGGAGGCAUCCCUCCCUAGGAGCCACAAAUCACUCCAAGUCCCUGCCGGCUCUGCCCUCCUCCACCCUGCCUCUUAGGGUGAUGCCACCCACGGAGGUUUAAUGAGCGUGGGCCUGGCCCCUCCCCAAGCCUCAAAAGCGCCUCUGCUGUGGACAGAAAUGCAGGGGGAGGAAGGAGGGAGGCAGUCGGAGUGGGGUUCGCCUCGCAGCAGCCCCAGCACCCGCUUCUCACCUCUCACCCAGGUGCCUGUUCAACCCCCUGUGGCCGUCUGCUACCUAAUGGAGCUAGUGCUUUUGCUUGUACACUCCCCUGCCCCUCACCCCAGCGUGCUCCUCAGAUCCAUCAGCCAGUUGUGAGCAGCUGGCCCAGAGCUGUCACUGUGGCUUGCAGCGUACAUGCCAUGCUUGGGGGCUGCUGAAAUCAGAGAGGAGAUGUGUUGCUUCCCGCUGCAAGCUAGCUGCUCCCUUCCCAUGGGGUGGGGGGCAGGGAAGGGGUCCUCCAGCCUCGCCAAGAGCACAGCUCAGCAGAGCUCAGCGUGGUCCCCACCUCCCACCCCUCAAAGCCUUUUUCUCCCCAGGGUUGAUCUUCCAGAAUGAGCUUCUGCUGGGCUAGUGCUCUGAGGGAGACCCCGCUAUUGUGAUUCAGCUCUAGAGAUCAUUGGAUGAUAAUUUAAAAUUAUAUAGAUAUUAUUUAAAUCAACCCAGUGGGGGUUAGAACUCAAAGUUGGACUCCGGGGAGAGAGAGAGAAAGAGAGCAGUGACAUGGUUCCCUGUUCCCUAUUCCCUUCACGUACCCAGGCCUGGCACGCGGGCUGGCAUUUAAUGUCCAUUAUCCACUUGCCAUGCACUAGACACACAGAAUGGAACAGCCAAAUGCCUAAAAUACACAGACUGCUGUGACUGGGAGUGACGUGUGGAGAGAUAGGGCAUGAAGAGAGAGGAGAUUAAAAGAAAAAGUAUUUUGUCCCCAAAUGCUUUAAAAAUGUUAUUUCCCACAUUCCUUGGCUGUGACACUGCCCUCCCAGUUCCCCAGAAGUUCUGGGCGGGGCGCUCCUAAUAAGAUUGGGCCACUGGGUUUCUCUGGCUUCAGAUUAAUCAAGGACGCGGAAGUCAGCAAGGAGUAGCAGGAGACGGGCAAAGAGAGCUGGGGUGUGCUCAGCUCUGAAAGGCUUAAUCAUCUCAAGUGGUGUUUGUGGCCAAUUGGGAGCUAUUUGCUUCUUUUUGCAUAUAUAUAUAUAUUUCUUAAACGAAGCUGCUUUCUGGUGUUUUAUUUCUAAAAGUCCCUUUGUGCCCCACUUUGCACAGCCCUGAUCCCAAGGCAGGUCCCGGUAUGUGACUUGGGGCCGGGCUGGACAUGCCCGAGACAGUGUCUGGCUUUCGUUCCGAUUUCAAGCUGCGUUGGCUUUGGGACCAGCAGAAAGCAAAAGCCCAGCCGCCUCUCAGGAUCUUGAGGCCUCCGGAGCCGUGUUUCUAUUCAGGACCCUCUAGCUUUGUUCUGGGAGGUAGUCUGGCUUCCCCAAAGCCAGAGGUUAUUCGGAGAAGGCGGAAUGUUCACACCUAACACACUAGUGUACCCUCAGUCACUUCCUCCUGGCUGUUCUCCAAGUUCACACCAGACCCAGGCCUGCCUCCUCCUCUUCCCCCUCAGGGAGCAGCCGCAGCGGGGAGGCCUUUGUGCUCGGGCAGGGAACCCUGUGCUCCCCCUGUGUCCCCAGCCGUGAGGCAGCUGGUGUGGACUCCAGUUGGGCUGCAGGCAGCUCUGGGAUGGCAUAGGGCAGGCACCCCUUGACAGGCUGGUGUGAAACACACCGUCCCCUUGGCCACCUGGCUGGCCUCUCUGGGAAUAGUCCUCUUCCUGGCUGGGUGGAUGGGGACAGCUGCUGACACAGGAAAGAGAGGAGAUCCCAGGUGAAGUUCAGGCGAUUGCCAGAGCCAACUCAAAGCAGAGAGUUCAUUGAGGACGUUUCCAGAAAGAAGUCAUUGUUCUGCCUGUGAGACAGGCCAGGUGUCUUCACUGUGCCCAAUAACACAAGCAUCUCAACGCCAAGAACCAUCAGAGGCUACUGGUUCCCUUUCUCAGGCUUUGGGGAAAGGAGUCUCCUCUCUGCUCCCACAUGGCUCCACUUUAAGGAUGAGCUCAACUUCCAGGCAUUGGGACUUUUCUCCCAUUUCCCUGAUGGACCACCAGUGCUUCUUGCGGUCUCAUCUUGUAACUUUCAGGUUGAUUUCCUCCUCUGAUGAGACAUCCACGUGGCCUCUUUAAGAAGGAAAAGAAUAACACCUACUAUGUGCCAGACGAUGUGUUAGGCACUUAUAUAUAUAUAUACCUUCUUUAGGGUGAGACUGAGCCAUGAGGACUUCCCUUAUUAAAAGCCCACAAGUAAUGAAUAAACAAAAACACUUGGAGGUGAGAAGGUCUUUCUCCAAAGAUCCGAGGCAAGAUUGCCUUCAGUCCGAGGUUUGUUCUCAAAGACCCAUCCCCUACAAUAUCCUUCCACCUCUAAACUUGUUUUCCCUGGGAUGUGCUCCUUUGCACUCUUCAGAUGGUUGACCUGCGUUUUAUAGAAUUUGUGGACCAAUAGGAUACGUGGUGUGUGUAACUUUCUUUUAAAAACUUAAGUAAAGGGGUCUUGCUAUUUUCUGCUUGUUGAGUCUUCUUGGCAUUCAUCUUAAAAGCCAGCAUCUCACUAUUUAUUGACAGGUCGUGUGUGUGUGUGUGUGUGUGUGUGUGUGUGUGUGUGUGUGUUCGUGUGUACAUUUCUAAGUGUGCCCAUGUCCUCCUGCACCUUUUAAAAAGGAAACCCAGUCACCCCACUACCUAUUUGACAUCUUUUCAUGCUUCUAGUAUUUUGGUCAUACAUCAAAAAGGGUUUUAAUUUUCUAACGCUGACAUGUUCAGGAGGAGCUGGGUCAAAUUUUGAGCGGGGCGUGGGAAGGGGAGGGGGAGAAGAAAUUGACAUUUAUUUUAUUAUUUAUUUUAAAUGUUUACAUCUUUGUGUUGUACCAAGCCUGAAUAGAAACAGAUAGCAUUAAAAUGCUUAGUUCCUCUCUCCCUCUCUUUCUUCUUUAUAAUUUUUUUAAAAAUUUAGGCUAAUGAUACUUUUGUUUCUAAAAUGAUUUGUGACUUGUGCUGUAUAAACUGUAUAAAAAAAGGUCUGUUUUGAAAGAUGGACUGUCAUUCCUCUAGGGACAGGGGUCACCAAGAAGUCUACGUUGUAAGAGAACCUGCCCUGUUCCUCAAAAAAUUAUUUUCUCUGUAUGAUUAAAAGUUUAUUCCAUUUCUUUUAGUUUGUGGUUACUUGAUAUUGAGGAAGGAAAUCUUCACCUUUGUAUAAAGAAUAGGUAUCAGGGUGUCUUUUCUGCAGUGAGAGAUGUAUAUAUAGUAUUUUGGAUAUAGUAGACAAUCAUAAGCUUUGUGCAUCUGUAUUUGAGGUAUGUCGAUGAUGUGGCGUAAAGACUGCUAUAAGAUCCUGGAGGCAAAAAAAAGUUGUACAAGAUUCCUACAGCUUGAUGGGGAAUUUAUCUUUCUGAACACCUUGUUUUCUUUCUUUUUUUAAGUAUUGGUGGAAUGGUCCCAUUGGAAAGGCUGCUAAAUAGGCCUCUCCAGGCAGGACUGUGAUCUCAGAAAUCUUUGUAUACUUUUGAAAAUUGAGGAGUAGCUCUGCUCUAAAGCAUCUCUGGUGGUGUUUUGUUGUUGUUGUUCUGUUUUGUUAUUUUACUGUAAUACAAGCCUACAGUAUUUGCACUAAAGAAAGCUUGUUAGAAAAAGCUUGCUGCUAUGGAAGAGAGAACAUAUUACAACUUUUUUUCCUUUUUUUUUUUUUUUUUUUU